AUGUCAGUCGCAACGUCAUCGUAUAUCCCGCUCGCCGAGCGUAAUCUUUGGAACGAUGUUAAACCAAUAGCUCAGGAUGAUGGGCCGAAUCCAGUGGUACCUAUCAUGUACUCGGAGGAAUAUCGAGAUGCAAUGGACUACUUCCGAGCUAUUGCUGCGACAGAGGAGCGAUCCGAGCGAGCUUUAGAGUUGACAGAGACUAUCAUACGGAUGAAUCCGGCUCAUUAUACUGUUUGGCAAUAUCGUAUGGCAACACUUUUGGAACUGAAGAAGGACUUGGAAGAGGAAUUGCAGUUGAUGAACGAGUUUGCGAUACAGAACCUGAAGAGUUAUCAGGUAUGGCACCAUCGUCUCUUGCUUCUGACACAUAUAUCACCUCAAGACCCGUCAUUUGAAAUCGAAUACAUCCACCAAUCGCUUCUACCCGACCCAAAGAAUUACCACACGUGGGCCUAUCUCCACUGGCUGUACUCUCACUUCUAUACUUUGGGCAGGAUCAGCGAGAAACAAUGGCAGGAUGAGCUAAGAUGGUGUGAGGAGAUGUUGAGGGUCGACGGAAGGAAUAACAGUGCCUGGGGUUGGAGAUGGUACCUCAGAGUAGCAAAACCAGGAGCAGAAACGGCGAAGGAUGGACUGAAAGAUGAACUGAACUACGUUCUUAAAUCUAUCCACUUGAUUCCUCAUAACGUAUCUGCGUGGAACUAUCUUCGAGGCCUUCUGCGCCAUUUUAAACUCCCCUUGACCCCUUUGCUACCUGCUAUCCUUCCAUACACUGCUCGGCCAUCAUCAACAGUACCAGAGAUACCGCAAGAUUUCGAUUUCGCGACUCAUUCGGUGCCUUUGCCGAAUGAUACGCCUCUCCCUGUACCGCUAGCUCUCGAGUAUCUGGCGGAUGCCUUGAUAGAGCAAGGCUCAAAUGCUGAGGCGGGUGAAGUGUUCUCGGAACUAAGUACUCAAUAUGAUAAGAUGCGGGCGGGGUAUUGGGAAUACAGGCGCCGGGAGUGCGUUGAAGAAUAA